GCCCGUGCAAACACCUCACGGAGCAGCACAGCCGUCCCGGGGAAGCCUCACCCAGUCUCCACACCUCACUGCAGCUGCAGGCCCGAGAUGCCAGCUGUCCGGCUGCUGCUCGUGGCCUGCCUGGUAUGGGGCUUGGGUGCCAGGACAGCCCAGCUCCGGAAGGCCAAUGACCGGAGUGGCCGAUGCCAGUACACCUUCAGUGUGGCCAGCCCCAACGAGUCCAGCUGCCCGGAGCGGGGCCAGGCCAUGGCCGCCAUCCAGGAGCUGCAGAGGGACAGCCGUGCCCAGCGUGCGGACCUGGAGUCCGCCAAAGCCCGCCUCGGCUCCCUGGAGGGCCUCCUCCACCAGCUGACCCGAGACAAGGCUGCUGGGCCCCCGGGGACCCAGGAGGGGCUGCAGAGGGAGCUGGACACCCUGAGAAGGGAGCGAGCACAGCUGGAGACCCACAGCAGGGAGCUGGAGACCGCUUACGGCAACCUCCUCCAGGACAAGGCAGCUCUGGAGGAAGAGAGGAGGCGACUGAGGGAGGAGAAUGAGGAUCUGGCCAAGAGGCUGGAAAACAGCAACCAGGAGGUGGCAAGGCUGAGGAGCGUGCAGUGUCUCCAGGCCCACAGCACCCCUCAGGAUGUGCCACCAGGUUCCAGGGAAGCUUCUAAAUGGAACGUGGAGGCCGUGAACUUCCAGGAACUGAAGUCAGAGUUAACUGAGGUUCCUGCUUCCCGGAUCCUAAAGGAGAGCCCAUCUGGCCAUCCCAGGAGUGAAGAGGGAGACCCUGGAUGCGGAGAACUGGUUUGGGUAGGAGAGCCGCGCACCCUGAGAAGAGCUGAAACAAUCACGGGCAAGUACGGCGUGUGGAUGAGAGACCCAAAGCCCGUCUAUCCCUACACGCAGGAGACCACAUGGAGAAUUGACACCGUGGGCACGGACAUCCGCCAGGUAUUCGAGUACGACCUCAGCAGCCAGUUCCUGCAGGGCUACCCUUCCAAAGUCCACAUGCUACCCAGGCCGCUGGAAAGCACGGGUGCUGUCAUAUACCAGGGGAGCCUCUACUUCCAGGGUGCUGAGUCCAGAACUGUGAUCAGAUACGAGCUCAACACCGAGACAAUGAAGGCUGAGAAGGAAAUCCCUGGGGCAGGCUACCACGGGCAGUUCCCGUAUUCCUGGGGUGGCUACACGGACAUUGACCUGGCUGUGGACGAGACAGGCCUCUGGGUCAUCUACAGCACCCAGGAGGCCAAAGGCGCCAUUGUCCUCUCCAAACUGAACCCAGAGAGUCUGGAACUUGGACAAACGUGGGAGACUAACAUCCGAAAGCAGUCAGUGGCCAAUGCCUUCAUCAUCUGCGGCCACUUGUACACUGUCAGCAGCUACUCGUCACCCGAUGCCACCAUCAACUUUGCAUAUGACACUGUCACAGGGCGCAGCAGGGCCCUGACCAUCCCCUUCAAGAACCACUACAAGUACGGCAGCAUGGUGGAUUAUAACCCCCUGGAGAAGAAGCUCUUUGCCUGGGACAACUUCAACAUGGUCACCUAUGAUGUCAGGCUCUCCAAGAUGUGAAAAGCCUUCCCCAUCAGGAAAGGCAAUGGGAAAUGAUGUGUAGGGAUCCUGAGGAGACAGCCAGCUAGCCGAAGCCCACACAGCUUUUCUCUGCUUUCUAAGCUUUCAUUCCUAAUCCAAAAGAAUGUGCAUCAUCACCACGUCUGUGUGGAAAUAGCCACUGGGGGAUUUAGAUGGUUGCACGAUACAUAUUCUUCUGUCAGGUUUCACAGGGCUGUUGAAUCAAAACGGUUCAAGUUUGGUAGUGAUCUGAGGCAAAAGCUCUAAUGCACAGUAGUCUACAAAGCUUCUUUAUAAAAGGCCCUCACUGGCUAAAAGAGGGUAUGCUUGGAGAAGGGUUUGCGCAGAACAGCUUACCCUGUGUGGCAUCCAGGGUCAUUCCCUGCAUGUUGCAUAGUUCCCAUAAGCCACGAUACCAAGUGGCACUUCUAGAGGAGGAACCGCUCCUGUGGCCAGCACCGAACAUAUGCAUAGUCGGCUUCUAAUGCUUCACGCAUUGUCCAGUGGGUGUUACAUAACCUUUGCCAUGGGAAAUAAAGUGACCUUACA